AUGAAUAACACGUUCGGACCAGAAAGCGUUCAGCUGAGACUGGCGAAUGGAGGGAGUCGAUGCGCCGGGAGACUGGAGGUUCAGUACAAGGGAAGCUGGGGAACGGUGUCUCAUACUCUUUGGGACCUGGCGGACGCCGCUGUGGUGUGUCGGGAGCUGGGCUGCGGGGUCGCUCUGGCAGCGCCAGCCAGUUCUUACUUUGAGGAAGGGUCAGGGCCCAUUGUGACAGGGUCUAUGACGUGCGGCGGGAACGAGACUGCUCUGCGGAAUUGUGAAUUGGGUUGUGGCUCUGGAGCUGUGGCGCCGCCUGACGCUCACUUUGGAGAAGGAACGGGGCCAGUUAUCGGCCCGCCCGGCUGCGGACAUCAACGGGAUCUUGGUGUGAUCUGUUCAGGAACCAUCGCACCUCGCCUGGUGAAUGGAAACAGUGCUUGUGACGGUAGGCUGGAGAUUUAUGCGAAUGGUACUUGGAGGACUGUCUGCGGCGUUGGAUCGUGGGACUUAUCGAGUCUGGACUUCAUUUGUAAAGCACUGAACUGCGGCUCUGCAAUGGAAGCGCCACUUAAUGCUCAUUUUGGAGAAGGAUCAGGACCCGUUAUUGGACCGCCGGGUUGCAGCCACCAACAAGACAUUGGAGUGAUUUGUUCAGAAAGCAGAGAUCUCAGACUGGUGUCUGUGGACUCCCGAUGCUCCGGUCGUCUCGAAAUUCGCCAGCGGCAGCAAUGGGGGACAGUCUGCGACAGAUACUUUGAUUGGGAAGAUGCUGCGGUGGUUUGCGCGCACCUCAAGUGCGGAACAGUAGCGGAAAUCCAAGGAAGAGCUCACUUCGGGAAGGGAACAGGUCCAGUGUGGAACGAGAAAUACAUGUGCCAGGGAUACGAGUCCCGAUUGUGGGAUUGUCCCAUUUCACCCUGGGAUCGAAUCAGAUGCUCACAUGAAAGUGACGUCAGUGUUAUUUGCUCGGAGAAAAACUGGGUUCCGAGACUAAUAAAUGGGGGAAGCCGCUGUGAUGGGCGAGUGGAGAUAUACUACAAUCGCAGCUGGGGAAGACUGCAAGACAACCUCUGGGACAUUAACGACGCCAAUGUGACCUGUCGGGAGCUGGGCUGCGGCUAUGCGAUAUCUGCCUACAAUUCUUCAAAGUACGGAGAGAGCGAAGGGCCCGUGUGGGUGAAUGAAGUUACCUGCCAAGGAAAUGAGUCGCAGCUCCAGAUGUGCAACUCAUUGACAUUGAAUCCAUUUCUCGAUGACAGCGAUGGCGUUGGGGUCCUGUGUUCUGAACACUUACAAUUACGGCUGACCGGCGGCGGAAGUCCAUGUGCUGGUCGAGUUGAAGUCUACUACAGUGGAGAAUGGGGCUCGGUUUGCGACGACUCCUGGGAACUGGCGGACGCUCAGGUGGUUUGCAGACAGUUGGGUUGUGGGAACGCUUUGGAGACGAAACCUUCUGGUCAUUGUGGACCAAGAUCAGACCCAAUGUGGCUGGAUGAAUUGAGUUGUUCGGGUGACGAAUCUUUUCUCUGGCAAUGUCAGUCAGCACCAUGGGGCGAACACGACUGCUCUCAUAAAGAAGAUGCAAUGGUUAUGUGUUCUGAGCACAAAGAGCUGCAGUUGGUGAAUGGAAAACAUCGCUGUGAAGGAAGAGUGGAAGUGUUUUACAAUGGGAGCUGGGGAACGGUGUGCUCGGAGUCACUGGAUGACGUUGAUGCAGAAAUCAUCUGUAAACAGUUACAGUGCGGUCCUGUCCAAAAUAUUCUGUAUGACGCACUAACAUUCGGAGAAGGAUUAGGAUAUAUUUGGCUCGACGAGGUGGCGUGUAACUCACACGAGUUAACUCUUUGGCAGUGUCAGUCGGAUCCGUGGGGUGAACACAACUGUGAACACCGGGAGGAUGCAGGUGUUGUUUGUUCAGGACAACAGCUGCGUUUGGUCGGGGGAAACAGCAGCUGCUCGGGGAGGGUGGAGAUACUGUCCAACAACAGCUGGGGCACAGUGUGCGAUGACUCCUGGGACCUGGCCGAUGCUAACGUUGUCUGCAGGCAACUGGGCUGUGGCUCCGUUUUAUCGGCUGUGGGAGGGGCGGACUUUGCCCAGGGCGACGGUGUGAUCUGGCUGGAUGACGUGAAAUGCACGGGAAGCGAAUCCUUUCUCUUCGACUGUGGUUCAUCGCCGCCAGGUCAACACGACUGUGAUCACAAGGAAGAUGCCGGUGUCAUUUGUUCCGGUCCAGAUUUAUCUCCGCCUGGUUCUCGUUCAUCUGCUUCAGGGCGGAAAGGGAAAGCAGUCUCUGUCCCUGCUACCGUCUGCAUAACACUCGGAUCUCUUUUCGUCUGUGAACUCAUCGCAUUGGGAGCGCUUACUCGGAGAAAGCCAUCAAGAAGAGGUCAUUUCAUCUUCGACAGGGAUUCUCCUGUUGGUAUAUACGACGCAAUUUAUCAAGAGGUAGAGAGUAUUCAACGCAGCGAAGUUUCCUCUCAAAUUGAACGUUCAGGUGAGGUUUGCUUUGAUUUUGAGCAUGGCGAAGAUGGAGCCAAGGACACUGAUUACAGUUAUUGCCAGCUGCCUUAUGACUCUGAUGAGUUCAUCAAUGUUGCAAACACUCUCUACGAUCACGAUGUGUUGAAUUAA